AUGCUUCGCAUGCUUAGACCAGGUAGACGCAUCCCCACUCAUCCUUCGCGGUCAUUCUCCACCACUCCCCACAGAUCCAACGACUCCCCCGCCCUCAACUUCCGCUCAUUGCUCUCCGCCCUCCGCGCCCAGGACGACCUCGUCGACAUCACCCAGCCCGCUUCGCCUGACCUUGAAAUCGCUGCUCUGACUCGUCGUGUGUACGAAUCACACUCACCCGCCCCGUUAUUCCAUAAUGUCACCGACACAGACCCUGAAACCGGCCUUUUCAAGAUCCUCGGUGCCCCCGUCGGCCUCCGCGCUGACCCCGCUACUCGGUUUGGCCGUUUAGCCAUUCAACUCGGCCUGCCCCAAAAUGCCACCCCGCUCGACAUCCUCGAGAAGCUCAUCGCGGCGAAACACUCCACCCCACUCCCUCCCACUCCAGUUCCGGCUUCAUCUGCCCCAUGCAAAGAGAACAUCCUUCACGGGUCGCAGAUCGACAUGACCAAAUGGCCUAUUCCGCGCCUUCACCCAUUAGACGGGGGGAACUACCUCGCCACGUAUGGGUUCCAUAUCCUCCAAUCACCAGAUAAAGCAUGGACCUCAUGGUCGAUCUCCCGUACUAUGCAUGUCGCAAAUACACCUCGUACCAUCGUCGCACCAAUAAUGCCGGGCCAGCAUAUCGCCCAGGUGCAUCAGAUGUGGGCUGACCAGGGCGCUAAAGAUACGCCUUGGGCACUGGUACUAGGUGGACCUCCAGCUGCCGCGUUCGUUGGGGGAAUGCCUCUCCCCGCGUUCGUGUCAGAGGAUGGCUACAUCGGUGCUCUCUGCGGCGAGGCAAUGGAUGUGGUGAAGUGCGAGACGAAUGACCUGUAUGUCCCCGCCAAUGCGGAAAUCGUCCUCGAAGGCCGCAUCAGCACGACCGAGAAAGUCGGCGAGGGCCCGAUGGGCGAGUACCAUGGGUACAUGUUCCAGGACAAGGCGGUGCCCGAGCCGAGAAUCGAAGUGGACUGUGUGACGUAUCGGCGGGAUCCGGUGGUGCCGAUCUGCGUGGCGGGGUUAGCGCCGGACGAGACGCACACGGUGUGGGGGGCAGCGAUAUCAGCGGAGAUUUUGGAUGCGCUGAGGGGGGCGGAGUUACCGGUGAAGAUGGCUUGGAUGCCGUAUGAGGCGCAGUGCUGUUGGGUGGUGGUUAGUGUGGAUGUGGAGAGGCUGGGCAGGAUGGGGAUCAAGAAGGAGGAGUUGUCGAGGAGGGUCGGGGAGGUGGUUUUCGGGACUCAUGCGGGGUGGGAGGCACCGAAGGUGUUUGUUGUCGGGGAUGAUGUUGAUGUUACUGAUAUUGGGCAGUUCGUGUGGGCGUUGGCGACGAGGUAUCGGCCUGGGGCGGAUGAGUUGGUGUUCGAGGAGGCGGACGGGUUGCCGAUGAUUCCGUAUAUGACCAGGGCGAGUAGGAGGGAGGUGCCGAAUCCGGGGAAGGGUGGAAAGAGUGUGGUGAACUUGUUGUUGCCAUCGGAGUUUGAGGGGAAGAGGCCGUGGGUGCCGGGAAGUUUUGAGGGGUUGUAUUCGGAGGAGUUGAAGCAGAAGGUGUUGGGUAGAUGGGGAGAGCUGUUUGAGAAGAAGUGA